AUGGGAUGUGUUAGUUCUACUCCGAGAAAAGGUCCAGGCCCGAAGCCGGUCAAGGCCGGAGUGCUAGACACAUCCACCAAACCAGCACCGGCGCAAAAACCAACACCAUUAAUACCAAUACCCGAAGACGAAGUAGAAUGGGAGACAAACCCAUCAUGGCCCCAAAUCGUCCAGAGAGAAUGGGAAGCAGCCGUCACAUCCGGGAAAGAAACCGAGUUUAAAAGCGCAUUCCAAGAUGACUCCUUUGUCCGCGUACGCAGGUGGCUUGAUGAGGAACACCCUGCUUGUGCGAGCGCAGGCACAAUCGAAGACAUGGGCAAGUUCGAGUUUCCCACUAGCCACGGCCCGUGCCAGCUCCCCGCGAGAUACUUUGUGACCUUGGAUGACGAUCAGACCGGAUUACUGUACUCUCUCGCACUGGUCAUAGCUCCACCUCUGAAGGACGAGGCAGACCAGAAGUUAUGGUUGACAGCUGGCAGUGCUCUCAAUACACCGGAGAUGAAAGGUGCCCAGCAAGCGACGCUCAGAUUGCUGUCUCUGAUGCAAAAGGGCGAUGUCAACGUCAAACACGCCCUGGUUCACAUAUUCAUGGGAUCUGAUAUGGUCACCUGCAAGUUUAAUACCACGACGACAGAGCCUACGAUCACGAUGCUAUCUGACAGCCCAAGCAGUGAAUUCAAAGAAUCCAACGACGAGCUUGCGGAGAAUGCCCUGGAGGAUGGGGACGAGGCAAGGGGGAUAUUCCAGCCGCUCAUGCUAAGAACUGUCGUACAGCGGGUUUCACUUGAGUACCCCAACGGCACAGUCUGGGAUGAAGGAGAACUCUCGUUUUCUGUCGGGGAGGAGCCCUACCUCCACCCAACCAGACUUAUCGUUGUACGAGACCCGAAAAAGGUGCACACGACUACUAAUUCCGCGGCUUUCAAAAUGUUUAUCCCGGACGAUGACUUCGAGAAGGAGUUGACGCUGAUGAGAAAUUUGAGUCUCCAUCCUGAGCUGGGCGGAAUUGUUUCCGUCACAUUGGUCGUCGGGCUUGCGCCAAACACCCUCUGGCCAAAGUGCGGCGCAUUUAUCGAUGGUGCCGUUUUCAAGGCUGCAGAUGCUGCCUUGAUCGAAUAUGCCAAAAAGAUCUAUAGCACAGGGCAAAGUUUUACGUUUAAGGCAGCUGUGGCUAUGGGGGCUGAUCGGAAGGUCUAUAAAGUUGUUGGGAACAGCCCGGACUUUCCAUACAAACAAAAUCAGGUCAAGGAUCAGCCCAAAUCCGUGGCUUCACCAGGACAAUCCUCUGAGGAGAUAAAGAGGCAAUACACUAGCCUGGAAGCAUUUUCCGUUUCCAUUGAGGAGGUCAAGGGAGAAAUACCGAAGGAGACCAGCGACGGAGAACAAGCGGACACGACCAACGAUACCAAGGAAAAUCCCAGCCUCGCGGAGCCAUCAAAGGAUAUCAUCAAGCACAAGCUGUCCGACCACGAUAUUCCACAAACAGCAACGUCCACGCAGAUUCUCGUUGCAUGA